GCAUUUUCUUUUUUAAAGUUUUACAAAAAUACGGACGAAACUGAUAAGGGGAGGUCACUGCUUAAUAGAAGAGUUACUUCCCUUGAAUACGCCGGUCGCAUCACGACUUGUUUGCCUGUUGCCAAAGGUCAAUUAUCACACCAUGGAGGUGCUUGUUGUGCAUGCCAAGUCAGGCAAAGAACUGGGAGCAUUUAGUGUAACUGAAUCUACUUCAAUUGGUGACUUGAAAAAACAGUACCAAAGGAAGUAUGGCAAGUACUACCCUGAGAGGCAGUCAUACAGAACAGAUCCUAGAGGCAAGAUGUUGAAGGAUGAAGAUAGAUUAGGAAGUUUGGACCUUGGUAAUAGAGGAAAACUUUACUUUAAGGAUCUUGGACCUCAAGUUGGCUGGACUACUGUGUUUUUAACAGAGUAUGCUGGGCCAUUGUUCAUCUACCUUAUUUUCUAUGCUAGACCAUCUAUCAUUUAUGGCAGCUUGGCUGACACUCCUAGAGCUACUGUUGUAAACAUAGCUGCUGGUUGCUGGUCAUUCCACUAUGCUAAAAGACUGUUAGAGACAGUGUUUGUUCACAGAUUCUCACAUGCUACCAUGCCAAUCAUGAACAUUUUCAGGAAUUCAUCAUAUUACUGGGGAUUUGCAGCACUGGUUGCUUACUUUGUGAACCAUCCACUUUAUACUGUACCUUCCUAUGGUGAUGCCCAGAUCUAUGGCGGACUUGCUCUUUUUAUUUUGUCAGAGCUUGGAAAUUUAUCAAUCCAUCUUGCCUUCAAGAAUAUGAGACCAGCAGGAAGUAAAGUUAGAAAGGUCCCCUAUCCAUGUGGUAAUCCAUUUACCCAGUUGUUCAACUUUGUGUCCUGUCCUAAUUACACAUAUGAGGCGUUGUCUUGGGUUGGAUUUUCUGUCAUGACACAAUGCCUUCCAGGUAUGAUAUUUAUAUUCAUUUAACACCAAGUGUAAUGU